CCCAGGGUUGUGGCCGCGCGCAGCGGCGGCGGUUGUUCCGCUUCCCCUCCAGCCCGGGCCGUCGCCAUUGCCGAAGGCUCCCUCCCCUCCCUCCUGGCGGCCGCUGGGUUCCGCUGCCGCUCGGCCUAGCGGUAGCAGCGGCUGUGCUCCAGCGCGGCUCCUCUUCCCGCCCUACUUCCCCUUCCCUGCCCUCCCUUCCCCGCGCCGCGCGCUUGCCCUGGGCGGCUCCGCAGUCCGCCGGGAGCUCGGGCUGAGGCGGGGCUCUUUCCUCGCCAGGGUUUUUGGCCAGGACCUGGUUUGAACCCGCCACCUCUGGUCAUUUCAUAAUUCUGAAUCAUGUCUGAUAACGGAGAACUGGAAGACAAGCCUCCAGCACCGCCUGUGCGAAUGAGCAGUACCAUUAGUACCAUUUUUAGCACUGGAGGCAAGGAGACUUUGUCAGCCAAUCACAGUUUGAAACCUUUGCCCUCUGUUCCAGAGGAAAAAAAGCCCAGGAAUAAAAUCAUCUCCAUAUUCUCAGGCACUGAGAAAGGAAGUAAAAAGAAAGAGAAGGAACGGCCGGAAAUUUCUCCUCCAUCUGAUUUUGAGCACACUAUCCAUGUUGGUUUUGAUGCCGUUACGGGAGAAUUCACUGGCAUGCCAGAACAAUGGGCUCGAUUAUUACAGACCUCCAAUAUCACCAAGCUAGAGCAAAAGAAGAAUCCUCAGGCUGUACUUGAUGUCUUAAAGUUCUAUGACUCCAACACAGUGAAGCAGAAAUAUCUGAGCUUUACUCCUCCUGAGAAAGAUGGCUUCCCUUCUGGAACACCAGCACUGAAUGCCAAGGGAUCAGAAACAUCAGCAGUAGUAACAGAAGAAGAUGAUGAUGAUGAAGAGACUGCUCCUCCUGUUAUUGCCCCACGUCCAGAUCAUACAAAAUCAAUUUACACACGGUCUGUGAUUGACCCUAUUCCUGCACCAGUUGGUGAUUCUAAUGUUGACAGUGGUGCCAAGUCUUCAGACAAACAGAAAAAGAAGACCAAGAUGACAGAUGAAGAAAUUAUGGAGAAAUUAAGAACUAUCGUGAGCAUAGGUGACCCUAAGAAAAAAUAUACAAGAUAUGAAAAAAUUGGACAGGGGGCUUCUGGUACAGUUUUCACUGCAACUGAUGUGGCGUUGGGACAGGAGGUUGCUAUCAAACAGAUUAAUUUACAGAAACAGCCGAAGAAAGAAUUAAUCAUUAAUGAGAUUCUAGUGAUGAAAGAAUUAAAGAAUCCUAACAUAGUUAACUUCUUAGACAGUUACCUGGUGGGAGAUGAAUUGUUUGUGGUAAUGGAGUACCUUGCUGGUGGGUCACUUACUGAUGUUGUAACAGAAACCUGUAUGGAUGAAGCACAGAUUGCUGCUGUAUGCAGAGAGUGUUUACAGGCAUUGGAGUUUUUACAUGCUAAUCAAGUAAUCCACAGAGACAUCAAAAGUGACAAUGUGCUUUUGGGGAUGGAAGGAUCAGUUAAACUUACUGACUUUGGUUUCUGUGCCCAGAUCACCCCUGAGCAGAGUAAACGCAGUACCAUGGUAGGAACGCCAUACUGGAUGGCACCAGAGGUGGUUACACGGAAAGCUUAUGGCCCUAAAGUUGACAUAUGGUCUCUGGGUAUCAUGGCUAUUGAGAUGGUAGAAGGCGAGCCUCCAUACCUCAAUGAAAAUCCCUUGAGGGCCUUAUACCUGAUAGCAACUAAUGGAACGCCAGAACUUCAGAAUCCAGAAAAACUUUCUCCAAUAUUUCGAGAUUUCUUAAAUCGAUGUUUGGAAAUGGAUGUGGAAAAAAGGGGUUCAGCCAAAGAAUUGUUACAGCAUCCCUUCCUGAAACUGGCCAAACCAUUAUCUAGCUUAACACCACUGAUCAUGGCAGCUAAAGAAGCAAUGAAGAGUAACCGUUAACAUCGUUGGCUGUGGCCUCCUGUUCUUUUUCCAUUUUCUAAAAGAAGUCUUUUAACAUAUGAAAAUUAUUACUCUUUUGGGGGUUUAAAGAAAUGGUCUGCAUAACAUGGAGGGAAAAGCAAGCUACUAUUCUCUGAGGACAACAAAGAGAAAAUUGCAAAAGAAAAUUCUGACUUUAAAACAGAAAAACCCCUUUAAGGUCCAAAAGGAAUUGUGGACUGAAUCACUAGCCUUACGUAUUUCAGCAGACAAACUAUCAGGGCCAUUUAUCAUGCUUGAGAUUUGCAUUUUAUUUUGCUGACUUUGUUAUAAUAGGAUACCAUUCAUUGUCCCAUUUUGGGAUACUUUCAAUACUUGAAUGGCAGAUUCGAGUUUUUCAGAGAAUUUGUUUCAUCUGUUAGUCCUCUUUUUCUCUCCUUCACUAGCUUUCCUUUUCCCUGACUUGCUCCUAUUGAGUUGCUUUGAGAAAUUUUUCCUCAUGCCUAAAUUCAAGACAAGUGUGAUAGAAAUUAUGUAGCUCUUUGUAUUGGCAACAGAGCUCAUUAUGGUUUAACUUUAUAUAGACGUUAGGAGCAGCUACCGUUACACGUAAUGUUUCAGUUCAGAACUUGGCCUACAGGAAGGGAAGAAAAAGCAUGUGAUUUCUAGCUUUUUUAACAAUGUGAAAAAGUCAAUUUUAGAUAUGUCAUGGUAGUGAGUUUGGCAUUUCUUCCAUGUAUAGAGAGAAGACUACUAAUCUAUAUUUAUAACUAAAUCAUUGAAAUAGAAAAAAGAAUUCCAUUAAAUAUACAUUCUUACAAUUUUGUCUUCCUUUCCACCUAUUUCCUCUUCAGAUUUGGCUUCAGGAACCAAAAUGAUUUGUUCCUGUUCCAUCUUGGGCUUUAUGACUUUGGUUAGUGCUGGGACCUUCCCCUUCCUUCCUUUCUCCCCUUUCAUUUUGGAAAUAAAUUUUUGUAUAUGUUGCAAUUUUAGGUUUAGGUUUGUUUUUAAUUAACCCUCUUUCACUUCAUACAUAUCAUUCCUACCCCCUGUGCCAACUAAUACAAUAACCGUUGAAUUUUCAGAAUUUAUAAGUUAACUUUUUUUUCCAUUUAAAGGAGAAAAAUAUUUGGGACUAGUGGAGACAAAAUGAGAGACUUGAACCUUGGUGAGCUCUGAAAUAACUAGAUGAGAUUAUAUUCAUGUAAGAGAAACAGUAUUCCAGAGAAGCAGCUUAUGACCAGUAAACUAUAGAGAUAUGUCAUAAGUUACAUUGCUCCCAGCUCAUUACCAAUCUUUUACUAUCUGUGAGAACUUAAAUGAUAAAGUACUUCUUGAAUUGUUGAGUAACUUUAGUUUUUUGGUUAUUUUUUUUUUUCUCAAAUUUGAGAAUAUUCUUGUAAAAAACCGGAGAAAGGAAAAAAGAUGAAAUGUAUUUGUUGAUAGAAAUACUUUUUUUAUUUUAAAGAUUAAAAACAGGUCUGUGACCUGUAGCAUGAAUUAUUCUAGUGCCCUUUCUUGUCCCCUCCACUUCUCUUCUUCCCUCUCCUCUGUUUCUCUCCUUAUUUUCAGUUGUUUUAUUUCUUGAGUAGGUAUUGUUCCCUCUGACAGGCCUGGAAGCACAUAAAAGAAAUGCCUGGGGUUUGGUUCUGGCAUUUCAUUCACACCAUCCCCUCCCAAUUAAUUUCAUACCUGCUUGCUAUCUUGCAACAGUACAAAUCAUGAAUAAAAAUAAUGUUGCCAUUUUGGAGUAUGUUAAGGAAUCUAGUACGGUUUUAUUUCCUAUUACUCCCAUUAUAUCUAUGUUAAGAUACAAGUAUAAGGAGAGAAAUGGGUGUUUUUUAAUUGAUACGACAGCAAGAUUUUCAGAAAAAUGAGUAAAAUAAUUAAGGCAACUUACAUCUAGAGCACUUAAUGAUCUCCUUUCAAUAUAAUUCUUAAUUUCCUUUUUCUCUGGACUAUACUGGCCUUUUCCAGCUACUACUAAAUUAUAGGAAUGCACCGGUUUAUUUGUGGUGGAAAGCACAUCUUGAGUUCCGGAUUUGAACAUUGUUUCUGAACAGUUAUCUGGAUGGAUUGUGAUAAAGAAGAUGCUACCAAUGAAAUAGAAAACCAACUAUAUGAUAAGACUAUGAUCAUUAUGACCACUUGAGAAGGCAUUUCCAUCCUAAAUUAUAAAGGCCAUAUUCAUUGAAUAUGUACCAAUGCCCCAUUUUAUGCUUGGGACUCAACAAAGGGCUUUUCAGUUGAUAAGAAGCAGUUUGGGAUUUGUAUUUUCAGCUUUUUUGAUGGUCAUCUGCAUGUCCAUUGCUGGCAACGGACUUUGUCAUUAAAACCUGACUCCUAGGUUAAGGGAGCUACACUGUGGUUUAUUCUUUACUUUCUUGGAUAAACUAACCUGUGAUAGAAAUACGCUUUGGUUAAUUCUGAAAUGUGCCAUUUAAAAAAAAAAUCUUAAAAGCAAUACAGAUUUGUGAUUUAUUAGUUAAUUGUUAAUUAAAGUGUCCAGAUCUUGUUGAAAGAACAGUUAUAUCUGAAUCAAGAUUCAUGUUUUUUAAAAACAACUGCCUUUUGUAUAUCACCUUUUUAUCAUUUUAGAAUGAAAAUUCCCAUUUAAAUCUUGAAAGUUAUCUUAGUAGUCCUCUUAUUACUAGAACAAUAUUAUUAUAGUACUUAUUUAUUAUAUUUUAGAUUCUCUGGUGGUCUUAAAGUUUUCUUUUUCCUUUUGCUGCUUUUAGGGACAUUUAAUAUUGGGAAACCCUGAAAACGUUGAGCAUUUUAUCCUACCUAUAAGAAUAAACAAGUAAAGUGAUUGUGUAACGUGAGACACCAAGGCUAACACAACUCCAUCUUCAUGUGUUGAGUGCCUGGCAUAUAGAAUGAAUUCUCUUCGCUUCAAAAUAUAAAUAUUAAGCUGCUUAAAAUUCAUCUAGUAACCACCAAUCCUAAAUGAGCCUGUGCCUUUAACAAGCAAUUUUAAACUACCUAUGAGUGUUUCUUUGUAGGGCUCACUUAAAUAUGUGUUUAUUUGUAUAUACUGUACUCUAGCCAGAAGAAUUUUAGAUCUGAUCAGGUAGUAGCUAUAAUUAGAAAAAAUAGGUGCUCAAAGAAUUCACAUUAGUUUUAAAAUCUAAAAUUAUUAAGCUAUAUUGAGAUCGAUAGUGAAAUGUCAAAUUAUCAUUAGAUUAUAGCUAAAAUCCAGAUUAAUACUGUUUGGUUUUUUUUUUUAUAGUAGAAUUUCAUAGUAAUAUAAAAAGAUUGUCUUGUCUCCACUGCUCCAACAGUAGAUAUUUAAACAGUUAACAUCAGUUUUUCCCUGGUGUGUGCUUGUGUGUGUGUAAAAAAUAUGUAUGUAUAUGUAUACACACACAUUUUUUUCUCACUCAAUGCAUUUAUUAACACUCUGGCAAAGAUGCUGUGGUAAAUGAUGGAGUUACAAAGAAGAAUCAAGCACUGGCCUGGCCUUGAAAAAACUGAAGUCUUUCUCCUUCAUUGCAGAAUGUUGCCAAGAUAAGAGGCAGAAUGAAAUGUAUAAUAAUUCUGUCAAAUUAUCAUAUUAAGACAAUUACAUUUGGAAUUCAACAUCUUUGGUUGGAAUGUGUUGACUUUUUUUUUCCUGUUUUGAUAGAGAUGGAAUUAAGUGAAAGUGUUUUUCUAUUGUGUCUUCAAAUUUUAUAAUGCCUUUUAUUUUUAAUUUAAUCCCAUUCAAUUAUUUAAUUGUUACAUUGACAUUAACUGCUGUAUUUGAUGACUUUGUUCAAUAAUUUUGUUCUUUCAGGGCUAGAAAUAAACUUUUUUUUUUAAAUGUUUUUUCCCUUUCCUAAACUUAGAUUCUUUCUUUUGAGCAGAAUAGCAUAAAAG